CCCGAGAGUUUAACCGUUUUGUACUAAAAUGAGUGCGAAUGCAAGCAAAAGACCCAGACUUGAUCCGCCGGGUCAGAGGACUGAAUCGAAGGAGUCGGGUAUCCUCGACGAGGAGAUUCUCCGCCUCGUCUUCAAGUCCAUUAAAUGGGAUCUUCGCGUUCUUUGCUUAACCGCCUCCUUGAACCGGAAACUCAGAGCCAUAGCGAAACGAUUGCUCUGGCGAGAGCUCUGCGAGUACCGUGCUCCGCGCAUGGCAGCAGCAUUGGCCACUGGAUUCCCUAAUGGAAGAAUCGGCGGUGGCUGGCACGCGCUCGCCAAGCUUAUGUUCUUCUGCUGCGGGUGCCAGUCGACUGGGCAUUUCACGGUGAGUCGGCCUUCGCCGGGUCAUUUCGUUAGAGAGUCUCGAUUCUCCAAAACUUCGGGUCGGAGCUUCUUGGCGAAAAAAUGUCGGGGCGAUUUGCUGUACGUAACCGACCCGUGUGAGCAUGCGAUGGGGGAUAGGGAAGACGAUUUGGGAAUUUAUAGAGGGGUAUUUAAGGGAUUUAUGAGGUCGAAAACUUUCGCCUGCUUGAUCCAACGGCAGGUGGAGUUCGAGGAAAGAGUACGAUGUCCUUACUGUGGAGCCCGCGUGUGGAGCAUGACGACGGCUGGACUGGUUCCGAAGAGCGCGGCGAGGCGGCUUGGGUCGCGUGACGGCGGUCUCGAGUAUUUUGUUUGUGUGAAUGGGCAUUUGCACGGGACGUGUUGGCUCGUUCCCCUGUCAUCCGAUGAAGAUGAUCGGUACGAGGACGAUGACGAAGCAGGUGGAAGCGACUUCGAUCCUGAUGCUGAAGGUGAAGCCGGCGUGUCCGGAGCUGUUUACGGUGAUCGGCCGGUGACAAAUGGAACACUGUGCUCCAUACAGGAUACUCCUAAUGGGCUUAUCGAUUAAUUGCUUUUUGAUGAUUCCUUCCGGUGAAGUACCGCUUUGGUACCGACCGCCGGACUCGAAUAUUAUUGAUUCUGUGUUGUGUAAAAAAGCUGGUAGCCGGUUUGCAUUUGACGUGGACUCAAGAAUGAUUAUUGUACAAUUCUUUAUGCUGAAUAAUUAUUAUUUUCUUCCAAUAAAGACAAUGGAAUGAG